UACUACACCACUUUGACAUAUAUAUACGUCGAACUGCGUCGAACUCAACGAAAUUUAACCACUUUCAUUUCCGUUCGUUUUUCCAUCUAAAAAUUCUUGUUUUUGAUUAGAAAAAUAAAUAUUACAAAAUUUAUAAUUAAUUUACAGUCAAUAUAAAAAAAAUUUUACAGCAACAUUUUUAAAUCAAGUUUUAAUUAUGAAGUGGUUUACAGGAAGUAUAAAUGAUGCAGUGGCAACGUCAAAAUCAAGAAAAGCUGUUUUUGUCGUUUUCGUUGCAGGUCAAAAUGAAGCAUCACUUGAGGUAGCCAAGGUUAUUGAUUCUUCAGAAAUAUCAACAAGAUUAGAGCAAGAUGAUUUUGUUUCUGUCAAACUUGACAGUGACAGUGAAUCUUACAAUUUUUUUUCACAAAUUUACAAAGUUGUACCUGUACCAUCAUUAUUUUUCAUUGGUACCAAUGGAGCUCCAAUGGAAAUUGUUGCCGAUGAUAUGACUGUAUCAAAUUUACAAAUGAAAAUAGAUUCUGUUUUGAAUAGGGUUGAAAAAGCCAAAAACACAUCAAAUGAUUUUAUCAAAGCUGAACAGGAUUCAACUGUCGGAAAUAUUCCAGGUCCAUCAACAGCUGUAGUUUCUACUUCACAAAAUAACCUGUCAACUAAAACAGUAACUACUUUAAGUGACACAAACGCAUCGAGUAAAUUACAAGAACAGGAUAAAAUUGAACGUGCAAGAAAAUUGAUUGAACUUCAACGACAACAAAAAGCAGAAGAAGAAAAAGAAGAAGAAAAACGUCGUGAAUUAGAACGUAGAAAAUCAGGAAGAGAUGUACAAAUUGCUCGACAAAAACAACAAGAAUUAGAAAUUGCAAUUGCACUUGAAGAAAGAGCUAAAGAAAAAGCUCAAGAAUUUGCAGCAAAAGAAAGAGUAAGACAACAAAUUGCUCAAGAUAAAUUGGAGCGAAAGCAGAGAGAACAAGCUUUGCAAAAACAAGCAAAUCAACAACAAUCACAAGAAAAAACUAAGAAUGACGUGCCAAUUGUUGCUGAUGGAAUGACAAGAAUUCAAUUUCGACUUCCAUCUGGUAAUUCACAUCUUGGUAAAUUUGAAUCAACAACUACACUACGUGAAUUACGUACUUACGUUACAACCAAUAUUGAAUUGCCAUUCAAACGUUUUACAAUGUCAACGUCAUUUCCACGAAGGGAUUUAAGUGCCGAAGAUGAUAGUAAAACUCUUACAGAUCUUGAACUUGUACCAACUGCCGUUGUACUUAUUAUUCCACUAAAAAAUACGACAUCAAUUGUUACAUCAAGCCAAGGUGUUGGAUUUUUAUCUCGAUUAAUGUGGGCUGUAUUUACUCCAGUUAUUUCAGUCUAUGCAUAUUUAUCAAGUUAUUUUACUGGUGCUCCAGUUGGAGAUUCCAAUAGACCACAAGACAAUCAAGAUGAAGGAUCAUCCUCAAAUUCACAAAAUCGUGAUCAAUCAUUUGGGAAUCUACGUCGAACGAAUUCGACAGCCGGUGGUAAUAUUCAUCGACUUCAUUCUGGAAGUGACAAUGACAAUGAUGAAAAUAACACUUGGAAUGGUAAUUCAACCCAACAAAUGUAAUGAACGAAAAAAAAAAACAAUAAUAAUAAGAAUAAUAAUGUAAAACAAUGCACAGUAGUGUAUUGAAUUAAUUUUUUUUUUUUGUUUUGGAGUAAUAAUAAAUCAUAUAAUUUUAUCUUCAUAUUAAUUUAAAAUCAAAUUAAUUUAUAUAAAGAUGGAAAAAAUAAAAAUAAACAAUGGAAUUUUGGGAUAUAAAAUAUUAAAGUUUUAAAAGAAAAAAUAGGAUAAUGAAAAAAUAAAAUGUUAAUUCAAUGACUAAAAUAAGUUAUCCUGUUGUAAUUAUAAUAAAUUAAA